AUGAGCGGCACACCCUCCCUCGCGUCUGCCUUUCCCCAGACGCCUUCAACAAACCCAGGAGACCCAGGAGUAAGGAGAAAGCUCUUUACUCCUUCACGAUCGCAAUCGCGGGGGAUCCGUAUGAGGUCGCCGACCAAGUCGCCGCUGAAAUCCGCUACCAAGGCCCCCAGACCAGCUCCGAUCCCAAGCUCCAAUGCGCCGCUGAUACCUGAGAGCACGGUCGAUGCACCCACCCAGCGACUCUAUGUGGUCGGCUUCUACUUCGCUCUACAUGCGUGGCGAUUGUAUGAAUCCUGGACAGAAUCCGAUAACGAGCCUACGGGGCUCCUCGUGAAAUGGACGUUGGUUGAUUUGGUCUUCUUGUUCGGUCUGCAGUCUCUGCGCAUACCUUGGCUGGAGUGGAGUUUCCCGACCACGCUUGCCCUUUUUUUGCUCCAUGUUGUUGGUAAUGCCUUUUUGAUGUUCCGUAUCCCAAUUCCAUGGGGUGCAUGGAUUUCCGGACUGGUCAAGGUGGCCUAUGAUCGCGAAGUGUCCAUCUCUGAGCGCAAAGUCAAGCCAGGUGAUAUCAUUCACAAUGCCUCCCUGAUUCUCGGAAAGCAAAUUGUUCAUAUAUUGCCAGAGGGAUCUGCCGUUCUUAAUCCGGACCAUGAUGCCCUUUGCCUUGACUCGUUGAAAUCAAUCAUUGACCUCCCAAUCCGUGUCAACCAGACCGACCCGAUCAUGAUCGAAAUGUUGCGCAUGGAUCUUCACACUGGGGAGAAUGAAACGAUUACGAUCCCAACAAAGCAGCUGAAGAACAUCAAACGUCAGGCGGAGAAAAAGCACAAUCCUGGUCAGUCCCAUCGGGAUCUGCAGAUUCCCAUCCGCAAGACUGGAAUCUACCGUCUUCAACGUGUGGUGGACGAGUCUCAGCUCGACGUUCACACCAAAACUGUCGAUGCGCUGGUGGUUUCUUGCCCUCGUGCGUUCGUCAAAAACUCGCACCUCGACAAGUGCAAAGGAGAAUUGUCAAACUUCGCCCUGGAGGUGGAAGGCACACCUCCCUUGAAGAUCAAAUACAGCCGACAGGUCAACAACCAUGAUCGUGGAUUCUCGGUUCUCAACAUUCAACCGGAUAAUUUGCGCUCCCCACUACUGAAUCAGAGAACUACCGGUCCAUUGUUCAGUAUCAAUCAACCCGAUGUUUCAUGGGCCCAGAGCCAAAAGAUUGAGGUCCCACUGAAUGAGUCGUUGAACGUUGGCGGAGAAUGGUUCUAUACAAUCGAAGAAGUGCAUGAUGCUGCUGGCAAUAUCGCCAACUAUUCCACAAUAUUCGAAGAAUCGGACCGGCCAUCUACAAAGUCGCAAUCCCAGUGGUAUCAGUUCUCUGUUCAUGAACGCCCGCGGCUGUCUUUCGACGACUGCAACGCUCAGAACCCCUUGCGGGUCGCCAAAGGGAAAAGCGUUCGAUUCCCACUCCAAUUCCAUUCCUCUGGACAUGGAUACUACGAUGAUGGCCCUUUCUCCGUUACCUACUCUUACACCGGCGACGAGCAAGAGACAGUGGAUACCAAAACUCUUUCUCAGAAGACCAUCGACCAGGUCCACCAGAUCAAGGAGCCUGGAGUCUACUCACUGUCAUCCGUUUCCACUCAAUUCUGUCCUGGGGAGAUCUUGGAGCCGUCAUCCUGCUAUCUGCAAAACCCGCCUGAGCCCGAGGUUGCAGUCAAGGCCGAGAGGAUCUUUGACCGCUGCGCCAACAAUGCUAUUGGAUUGCUCGUUGACAUCGAUCUGACCGGUUCUCCACCGUUCACUCUCCGAUACAGCGUUGAGAGCUCCAAGGGUGCAACCCAAACCAAGUCGCAAAGAAUUGACAGUGUGCGCACACAGCUUGACUUCACCCCAUCGGAAGCCGGAUUUUACCGGUACUAUUUCUUGGACAUCGAAGACUCUGUCUAUUCGCCGCGGUCUCUCAGGGACAAGACACCUGUACUCGAGCAGGACGUCAAACCGCCAGCCUCGGCCCAUUUCGUUGGAACCGCCGGAGUGCGUCGGGCCUGCUUUGGAGAGCAAGUUGCUGUGGAUGUAUCUUUCCUUGGAGAGGCACCCUGGGCCCUUCAAUAUGAGAUCUUCCACAACGGCAAGAAGCAGAAGUUCACACUGGAUUCUGAUGUCGAUACAGCCACUAUCAGAACUGACAGACUGGUUAGCGGAGGCGAGUACACUAUGACAUUGACCAAUGUCAAGGACAAGUCUGGCUGCAAACGAACCCUGAAAGAAAGCAUCAAGAUCCAGGCUCGGUCCCAACCACCACACGUUUCCUUCGGUGAGAUCGACAAGAAGAGAACCGUGUCGGCCUUGCAAGACUCCAAGAUUGAUAUCCCAGUGCGACUUAAAGGUGAACGGCCUUGGACUAUCAGUUACAAGAAUGUCGACGUCCAUCAGGAACCCAUUCAGCAAAUCCUUUGGGCAGAGAACAGCGUCUUGAACGUGGAUAAGCAAGGUCUCUAUGAGAUCACUGGAGUCAUGGAUAGCGGCUGCCCGGGUACCGUGGACCAGGCUGCCAACGAAUUCGAAAUCUCAUGGAUCCCCCGGCCUCAAAUCAUUGCAAUUGACGGUUCUCCCGUUGCUGCUGCGAAGGAGGUCUUCAAAUCAGAAGUCUGUCAAGGUGACGAUGAUAGCAUGGAACUUCGAUUGUCUGGCAACCCUCCGUAUAAUCUUCAAUACGAGCAGCGACGCAAGACCGACCGUGGCGUGUCCUCGGCCAAGCCCCGAGCCCUCAAGUCUGCUCUCCAUGCCACUUCGAUGGAGAUGGAUACUUCCGAGCCUGGUCAGUACAGCUAUAAGUUCACACAGGUUGGCGAUAAUCUCUAUGACCAUGACUCUCGGAGCACUCCGCUGGUUGUGACCCAAAAGGUGAACCCGCUGCCCUCCGCCAAGUUUGACUCCCCUGGCCAUGUCUAUGGUUUCUGCAAGGAAGAUGUCAGUGGAGAGGAAUCUGUUCCCAUUACGCUGGAAGGUGUUCCUCCGUUCUCCCUGGAGAUCACCAUCAAGCACCACUCCAACGCCAGACCUGAGAUUGUCACCAUCCCCAAGAUCAGCACCAACCGUCACAACCUGCUCAUUCCUCGUCGUCACCUCGACCUAGGCCAACAUGUCGUCAGUAUCCACAAGGUUCGCGACUCUCGCGGAUGCCAAAAGACCACCGAGUUGGACUCGUCCUCUGUGCGGGUUGCCGUUUCCGAUGUUCCCACCAUCAUCCCGCUUGAGUCCAAGGUCGACUACUGUGUCGGCGAGCGUCUUUCCUUCUCGCUGUCCGGACACGCUCCGUUCGAUGUUUUUUACACCUUCGAUGGUGCCCAGCGCAAGGCUUCUUCUCCCAACACCAACUUCCGUCGUAUUGCCGAACGCCCUGGUGAAUUCACCAUCACUGCGGUCAGUGACGGAGCCAGUGGCAAGUGUCGGGCCCACAAGGAUAUCACCAAGGUCAUCCACCCGAUGCCCAGCGUGAGGAUCAGCAAGGGCAAGACCACCAUCGUGGACAUUCACGAGGGCGGAGAAGCCGAGCUUCACUUUGAGUUCUGGGGUACACCACCAUUCGAAUUCACGUACAUCCGAAGCUCCAACGCUGCCAAGGGAAAGAAGUCUGAGGUCCUUGACAUCAAACACGACAUCUCCUACGAGAACAUCAAGACCAUCAAGACCUCGGAUGAGGGCACAUACGAAGUGAUCGCGAUCAAGGACAAGUUCUGCUCAUUCUCCUCCCAAACGACGCCAUCCGGCAAGUCAAAAUGA